AUGAAGAUGUGGCUCUACUCCAGAUGUGUACCGUGUAUCUUGCUGGCCAUCCUCGUUCCAUCAGCAUCAGAAACCAUACCAGAUAAGAUUGCCACUCUCCUUGGUUAUCUUCGUGAUAUUGACACCGAAGUAGGAGGCGUACUGGGGAUCACUGACGAUCAGUGUCCAUGCCUUGAAAACGUAACCCUGAUUGGAAACGAAACAUUUGACGAUGUGGAAUGCUUUGAAACGAAGGUUGAAGUCUUCAGGAACAACCUAAAUGCCUUAAUCACAUUUGUUGAGUCUCUCGACAGUAACACCACAAGAACGUGCCCCGAACGUACCGGUUCAAUAUUCGUGGCCGCCUGUGAUUCACCGACUAUUGCUGAGGUGGAUCCUAAUGGUUUCAUCCAGAAUGGAUUCCAAUUAGCUUCGAAUGUUACUGGCUGGACGUUAGGACCCUUCGAUAACGACUCGUUUGAGUUUGACUACUUUGGAAGCGAACCGUUUGUGCUCCGAUGUCUGAGUCUUCCAACUGGUAUGGAGGUUGUGUUGGGUAACAGCACUGAUGAUCCAUUAUCAAUGACAGCAGAGGGAACUGGCAUUGCUUACUUUGAGCCAACGAACGAAUUGUAUGUAGCUCUGACCUUUGACAACAGCUCAUUCAAUGGAGUGUAUGGGUUCAACAGGACCAACUAUCCACAAAUCAGAUUUCUCUUCCCGUAUGAUGAUGGCACUCCCGGGAGGCUUUACGUAUCUGGAAAGUAUGUAUAUAAUGUACACAAUGAAGCUAAUACUUGA